ACCAAUGUACAAAGAAUACCAAUGAGUGGAAUACAAACCAAGAAGUUCAGAUAUAUGACCAAGUGCAGUGUUUUUGGUUAUGCUAUGUGCAGUAGAUACAGGUUGGUUUACGUGAAUGCAUUUCGUGAAUUGGUAACGACUCAGUACGCUGUAAGACCUGGCUGCUGUAAAGGCUACGUUCAAGAUGGUACUAUGUGUCUGGAGGCGCCACCAACGACAAUGCCUCCUCAGACGUCCACGAGAAGCCCGACGACAGUCAGAACACAAACAGUGAGGGCGCCUUUCGGCGAUGUGUCUCCCAGAGGAUCUUCGGGUGGCUACCCUAUCAAGGAAGGCUCUGGAGUGUCUAAGGGCCAGUCUGGUCAUCGCGAUGAGGUACUCAUAGAUCAGGAAGGAGGCUACUUUGAGGUGAAUCCUGAUUACAAGGGGCCGGCUGUGGAUCGAGUGUUGCCUCUGAUUGCGUCUGGUGUUGCAGGGGUCAUUACCCUGACCGCUGUAGUAGCCUUCGUGCUGAUUUUCAUCAGUAGGAGGAAAAGGAAGCGCAACAAGGUCCAACCUGGAUUUCAUGACUCUGUUCGGUUCCGAACUAACCACCAGCCGAAGGAUACGACUAAGCUCGAGAUGAAGAGAAUGUCAACAGAGAAAUCAUCAGCACACGCCUUAGCGCUUGCUGUCACUAAUCCAAACCCCAAGGCAUCCAAUAAAUUCAAGAGAUUGUCUCGAAAAGAUGGACCUUAUGUGGAAAUAUCGGAUAUUCCGGGAACACCGUUCGCGAGAGUCACCUCAAAGACGGAAGAGACGAUACGAUCGGAUCUACAAAACAACCAAGUACACGCUGCUUUCAUCAACAACAGAAGAAGUUUGAACGAAUCCCAACGAAAACAGAGAAGUCCCGUGAAGCGUGGUGGCUCAAUGAAGAUUGUUCCCCAAUACGCCGUGGUCAACAAGCUAAGAAAACCUGACACCGACUGCGAAGAGCUGUUGGACGCCAAGAAUAGCCCUAAAAAUAACAACGACGCAGAGGACAACCUCCAUGGAGCUUACCACGCCUUUACCCUUGAACAUCAAGUUACUGGAGAUUCAGCCCCGCUGUAUGCAGAUCCCAAUCAGAAACAACAGAACAAGUCAAGAACGUGGGCUUGUCGCGUUGGUUCAAGUCUGAAGGAGAAUCGUGUCAAAGGUGUGGGUACGCUCACACCAGGGAACGUCUUAGCUCUGGUGAAGCAGAGCAAUCUUCGAGAAACAUCCAAACUCUUUACGAGCUGCGGCGAUGGGGUCGGGAACCGCCGCCUCUCGUCGGGUUAUACAAACAAAGAUGAUGAUUCAGAAAACUCGAGUGGAUACAGCUCACUCCGUCACAGCAUUGAGGGGGAACCGGACAUGUACGGGAAGUUGAACCAUGCUACCAGUGUAAAACCCUCAAGUCCGCCCGAUACCAAGGGUCAGACAGCUGCGUUAGAAGCAGCAGACGUCAAUGACUACGAUAAACUCAGACGAGGUCCCAAGUCGAGAACUCUGGGGUUGAAAUGGGCAACAUCAGGGCAUUACGAGACCUUAGACGUUGAUGAAACAUGAUGCUGACGUCUUUAAACUUUUCUAUAAUGAAAGACACGUACAUAUUAAGUAAAACGUAGGACGACGUCCUACGGCUGAUCUUUUGCAAUAACUGAAACACUAGCCAGAGAAACCGGAAAAGGACCUGAUGGCAACUUCCAAGGACUAACACGGCAUAAUAUCGGUGGAAACCGUAAAUGAUACGUAUGUAUCCAUGUACUGUCAUAUCUGCUGGUUGUUGCACCGCUAACUAAAAAGUAACAGUGAUACCUUAUAGCGGUAUUGUGGCUCGGUUGAUAAGUAUCCGGACUGUAAACCACAAGGUACGGUGUUGAAAUCCCUCUGGGGCACCCGCGUCCUUUGGCAAUGCGUUUUAUUCACAUUUCCCACUCUCCACCCAGGUAUAGCAAACGUGUACCAGGUACGAGGCAUUUCCUCGAAUAAACGAACGCCCGAUAACAUGGAUGAUGUUUGCCACGCUAAAGCCGGGGUAAUGUUAUGCUGCGCUUAGAAAAAAGCGUAUCUAGUGAUGUGUAAGCAUAAUUCGGUCACUUUGUUAAUCAUUAUAAAUGGUGAUUCAUUGUGCCUAUCCACACUUUCAUAAUAGAUAGAUAAAAGAUGUUAGUCAGAACCCGUGACCAUGAUGUUGCACACUAAAUUAGACAUUUGUUAUGAUUUCGGUCAGCGGGUUUAACCUUCCCAACAUGACUCGGGAUUUAUUUGUUUUUAUUUGUGGAGACUAAUCUGAGCUGAAAUAGUUGAGGUAAACUUUCAUACUCUCCCUUUCCCCUUUCUCCCAGUAAUAGUUAAAGGGUUGGAGUCAGGAAACUUAUUUGCUCAUCUAUAAAAUAUUUUAACAUAUUUGUACUUUUAAUGUACGUAAAUGUUUAUGAUGUGGCUUAAAGGUAAUAUUACAUAUUGAACACAGUAAAAAUGUUUUCCAAAACUUCAUGUAGUAAGAUUUACUUUUAGGCUUACGUGGGAUUUUUAUAGAUGAAAUUUUGAAAAUGAAAUUCAUUAUACUUUGUAGUUUCUGUUCAAGGAUUUUUUUUAGAAAUGUAUAUAACAGAUGAUACUUUUGUACUUUCCACUUGUAAAUAUUGAUGGAAGAACUUAUCUAACUUGUCUGCCGUAUUCACUUUUCACAUUGAAAUGAUACAACCUCCGUUGAAAAAAUUUUUACAACUACGAUGUGAUAUACUAGUAAUGUAUGAGGGAAAACCCCUAUAAAUUACUGCAGGAUGUGAACUAAAAACAUCGAGUCACGAUAUCAUGUGCCUAUUGUCUAUAAACAAUGACUGGUGUCUUUAAAAAAUGAAAGUGAAACUCCAUAAUACACAAAAGAAACCCAUCAUAUCUCCAUCAACAAUCUUCAUUGUAAUUCCCAACAUGCCCAAUGAUUAUAGAUAUAUUUUGUGAAAAAAAAUGACCGAUUUAACUCUUCGUGUGUAACGUGUGCAAAAUUGGACAUACAAAGAUUCACUGAACAAUCGUAAUACUUAGCUCCCUCUUUACUGAAUAAAAAAGGUUAUUUGUGUAAGUACCAGGUACGAAAUAAUUACAUGUAUAACUCAUGCAAUAGUAUUAAUCAAUCAGUAAAUAAAAAACAACAAUUUUUCUCAAUCAUUCUGAUUUUUUAUCAGCUUAAUUUGAGGAUCGAGAACUAAGUUGAGGAUAGGAAUUAUAUUUAUCAACAAGCAUUUAAAUGAAAUUCUUGUCAUUUUUUCUCCAAAUUUGAUUUGAGUUAUGAAAAUUUACCCCACUAUAACGAAUCAUUUAGGAUAAGAAGUCAUCAGUUAUUUGUGUAACGUAUAAAAUUGACAUCAUCUUUAUCAUCUGUCACAUCUCAAACUAUUAUCCUAUAACGCUCCCUAGCUACGUGUCAUUUGACCAGUUAGUAUUGUGACAUGACGUUUUCUGAAUACAUCUAUAGCAUCUUUAAUCGGCAUGUGCAAUAGAAAAUUCAUUAUUACAGUAUUGAAAUUUUUGGUGAUAAAUUGGACUGAUUGUACACGGGGCUGCGACUUUCUAUAUCAAUAACCAAAAAUAACUCUUGGGAUACUAUAAAUAUGAAUACAUGUUCAAUUUUUAUUGUUAUAUCUUGUAUGGUACAUAAAUCGAUCUAGUAAUGAAUGCUAACACUAUUAAUGAAGGGGCUGUCACUCGUGGUGUGCGUUUCAUAAAGUUGCUCGUAAGUUACGAGCGAAUUUACAAACGACUGGUGAUCCUUUUUUGUGGUAAGUGAUGGACACCAUAUUUCCAUUGGUGUGGUUUUCGUUCCUAAGAAAGGAUACCAGUCGUUCGUAAAGUCACGCGUAGCUUACGAACACCUUUAUGAAACUCCCACCUGGACGUUUUAGCCAGCGUGUGACGACGUAUUGUACGUAUGGUCAGCCCUUUUCUCUUUCUUUCACAUUUGUUGAUAUCAAGCUUUAAAUUCUACAUAACUGAUAAUAUUAAUAAUUAAUUUCUUUUUGAAGAAUAAUUUUCAUUGUUAAUAAAAAAAGCAAUUCUUAAUACCAAGAAAUGAGAGUUCAAGGAUCAUUUUUAAUUCAAAGGAUUGUAAGUAGAUCCAUACCGUCUGUGAAUAUAGAGACCAGUCGAAUAUUAUAUUUAAAUAUAAAGCAAAACGAUUUGAAAUUGAAUAUUUCGAGAUCUUAGAGUUAAUCCUUAAAAUUAGAAAUGAAUUUACAGCCAGAUUUACAAUCUGGAUUUAUUUAAAAUCCUUGAAAUUUAGAGUGAUAGCUUGACAUAACCUACUCAUGUCGACAAAAACUAAAUGUAUAGAUAUUCCUGACGUACUGAUUGUGAAAAAGGGAGGCUAGUGGCGACCUAAUCUUUUUCGAAAAUACCAAUAUGGCAAUUAUCCACUUCUCAUCAUAGUAUUUCAACGUAAGUUAUAGCCAUACCCAUGGAUUAUUAUUGCUUUGACGGUUGUAUAAAUGCAAUAUUAUGUAUAUUAUUCGCUUUGAAUGUCGUAAUUAUUUUAUAUGAAAUAAAAAUUUAUACAUCUACUG